AAACAGAUUUUGGUUUUCAAAAAGAUAGCUGUUAAGUUAAACUUACGGUUACUUACCGUUCAUCUUGCGGAUGUUGGGCACCCUUUUAGUUUUCGGUACAUCUCGGAAUCGGUUUUGAUUUUGACGAGCCAUAGUUUGCGCCAAAUAUAAACAUGUCCAGAGGAUCCUCAGCUGGAUUCGAUCGGUAUAUCACCGUCUUCUCUCCAGAGGGUCGUCUGUACCAAGUUGAAUAUGCCUUCAAAGCCAUUAGCGCCACCGGUCAUACAUCCGUGGGCCUCAAAGGCACCUCGGCCGCCGUGGUGAUUACACAGAAGAAAGUCCCCGACAAGUUGCUCGAUCCUGUAUCCGUCUCCAACCUGUACCGUCUGACCGAGUCUCACGGCUGCGUUAUGACGGGUCUGAUUGGGGACUCGCGUGCCCAGGUGCAGCGCGCGCAAUACGAAGCGGCCAACUGGAAGUAUAAGUUCGGAUAUGAGAUUCCGUUGGAUAUGCUGUGCAAGCGGAUGGCCGACAUCAACCAGGUGUACACGCAGAAUGCCUUCAUGCGGCCACUGGGCUGCUCCAUGAUGAUGAUCGGCUACGAUACGGAGAAGGGACCGCAGCUGUACAAGACGGAUCCGGCUGGAUUUUAUUGUGGUUUCCGGGGGAUUGGUGUGGGCGCCAAGCAGGCGGAGGUGAACGCGUUUUUGGAGAAGUCGCUGAAACAACAAGCGACGCUGAGCGAUAAUGAAGUUGUCGAAUUGGCGCUUAACUGUUUUUCCACGGUCCUGGCGGUGGACUUCAAACCAAGCGAGGUUGAAGUUGCAUGUGUAACGCAGGAAAAGCCGUAUUUCCAUAUUUUGACUGAACAAGAAAUCGAGCAACAUUUGGCUUCGUUGUCUGAAAAAGAUUAGAAUAUUGCAUAUUCGAUAUCUCAGUUUUUUACUACGUUGGCGCUGGUAUGAAAGAUGCUAUCAGGUAUGCGGUUUCACAAGUUUUCUGUUCUUGUGAUUUUUUCGAUUUUCGAUCCUGACUGAAUUUAACUCCAAAAAAGCAAAACCGAAAAA